CCUUCUAGCACUCUACUAGCAGAUAGCUUUGCUCAUUGCCAGGUACUGCAUGCACAGACCACACCACUUACUAUGCAUCCCUCCGCUGCCAAGCUCUUGCUUCUUAUCGUGGCCGCCGCCUCGAGCUUCUUGUCGGUGGCAUCGCAUGGACUGCGGCCGCGGCAGCUCAAGCGGAACGCGAGCUGCUUGCCGCACGAGAGGGACGCGUUGCUGGCCUUCAAGGAAAACAUCACCAGCGACCCUGAAGGCAUCCUCUCGUCGUGGCGACGAGGGCGGAAGGACUGCUGCCGGUGGAUGGGCGUCACCUGCAGCAACCAAACCGGCCAUGUCCUCGAGCUUGACCUAAGCUAUAGAAAUUUGGCAGGCCAGAUAAGUCCUUCCUUACUGUCUCUAGAGCAUCUGGAGCACUUGGAUUUAGGCGGCACAUACUUAUCUGGUCAUGAUGGUCGUUUUCCCGAAUUCCUGUGUUCUUUCAAAAACUUGCGAUAUCUCGACCUCACCCACAACGCAUACGCUUUGCCGAGUGAGGUGCCGCCUCAGCUCGGUAACCUCUCAAACCUGCGACAUCUUGGUCUCGCUUCUAAUUAUUUGUACGCAACCGAUAUCUCAUGGUUAGUUCAUCUUCAUCAGCUUGAGUAUCUUGAGAUGGACGGCAUAAAUCUAAGUACAAUAGAUAAUUGGCUUCAUGUGGUAAACAUGAUUCCAUCUCUGAAGUUUCUCUCCCUUUGGAACUGCUCCCUUCCCAGAGCAAACCAAUCGCUCACUCACAUAAACCUCACAAAACUUGAGGUGCUUGAUUUAUCCACGAACUACUUUGGGCACCCAAUUGCAUCCAGUUGGUUUUGGAACAUAACAAGCAUUCAACUCCUCUUGCUAAGUUCAACCUAUCUUUACGGUCCUUUCCCUGAUGCACUAGGACGAAUGACGUCCCUCUCUAUCCUGGGAUUUCGGGAAAAUGGAAACUCAGCCACGAUGGCAGUAGACUUGAAAAAUCUAUGUGAAUUGCGUAAUCUGUUGCUCGAUGGGAGCCUAUCAUCUGCGAACAUAACAGAGUUCAUAGAGAAGUUGCCACAAUGUUCUUCUAACAAAUUAUACUACCUAAGUUUGAAUGACAAUAAUAUGACAGGAAUAAUGCCACAGGUAAUGGGGCACCUAACCAGCUUAGGUAUUCUUAGCCUAUCUAACAACAGCAUUAGUGGAUCUAUAUCACCAGGGCUACAGAAUUUCACUAGUUUGGAGGCAUUAUUUCUCAGUUCCAACCACCUUAGUGGCCAGAUACCAUUGCUGCCAAGAGGCCUCGAAAUAUUGGAUGUCUCCAUGAACUUCUUGUCUGGGCAUUUUCACUUCCGAGCUCCAAAUAUUGAAGUACUAAUUCUAUCCUCUAAUAAAAUUACUGGUCCUAUUCCUGAAAAGUUUUGUGAGUUGCAAUAUCUAAGUGACUUGGAUUUGUCAAACAAUUCUUUCGUGGGAGAACUUCCUGUAUGUUCUUCGAUGCCAUACCUACGCUCCUUUCUCCUAAGUAACAACGAAUUUUCUGGAAAGUUCCCAUCCUUGAUCCAAAGCCUCUCCAAUCUAACUUUGCUUGAUCUUUCAUGGAACAAAUUCUAUGGGACAUUACCAAGAUGGAUCGGACAUCUGGCAAAGCUGCGAUUCCUAGAUCUGAGCCACAACAUGUUAUAUGGGAGUAUUCCAGUGAAUAUCACACAUCUUAGACAACUUCAACUAUUGAAUUUAUCAUUCAACAAUAUAUCAGGAUCAAUUCCUAAGUCAUUAUCAAAGCUAAUGGCAAUGACAAAAACGCAUAUACCUACAACUUAUGGAUUUGAUUGGUACACAGGUUGGGCAAAUAAUGAGUUCCUAGAUAUUUUGUCUGCAGUGACGAAGCAUCAACAACACAAGUAUGGCGCACAAAGUAUUUUUUAUAUUGUUGACAUCGACUUGUCCGUCAAUCAUUUAACUGGAGGAAUUCCAGAUGAAAUGGCUUCUCUUCACGGAUUGAGAUACUUAAAUUUGUCAAGGAAUUGCUUGAGAGGAAACAUUCCAAAGAAUAUUGGCGCUAUGGAAUCAGUGGAAUCAGUUGACUUCUCAUGGAACAGUCUUUCUGGUGAAAUCCCUGCAAGCUUGUCAGACUUGACAUUUCUAAGUGUCUUGGACUUGUCAUAUAACAAUCUAUCAGGAAGGAUACCGUCUGGGCGUCAGCUUGAGACCGUCUACGACAACAACCCAACUAUGUAUGUUGGGAAUAAUAAUCUAUGUGGACCCCCUCUUCAGAGAAACUGCUCAUUAGGAAAUAGUGAUCCUAAGCAUGGUAAUUUAAAGGCAAGCCGAGAGGAUUCAGAAUCAUUGUUCUUUUACUUAGAACUUGUAUCAGGGUUCAUAGUUGGCCUCUGGGGGGUGCUGUGUGCUCUACUCUUCAAGAAGCCAUGAAGAAUUGCUUUUAUCCGGUAGCAUAAUUAUUGUUGUGUGAUCAUACAUCAUCAUUUUAAUUUGAGGCCGGCACUCUGUUGGGGUUGGAUA